AUGUGGGUCUUCGACAAAGAGAAAGAAAUGAUGGUUCAAAAAGAGAUUAAAUACGUCCCGGGAUUAUACAAAAUCUUCGACGAAAUCCUAGUCAACGCCGCAGACAACAAACAACGCGACCCCAAAAUGGAUUCCAUAAAAAUAGACAUCGACGCCGAGAACAACACAAUAUCCGUGUGGAACAACGGAAAGGGAAUCCCGGUAGUAAUCCACAAAGAGGAGAACAUGUACGUGCCCACAAUGAUCUUCGGGCAUCUUUUAACUUCAUCAAACUACGACGAUGCAGAAGAAAAAGUAACUGGUGGUCGAAACGGGUACGGAGCUAAACUUUGCAACAUAUUCAGUCACCGCUUCACAGUUGAGACUGCCUCUAAAGAGUACAAAAAAUCCCUCAAGCAAACUUGGGGCAACAAUAUGAGCAAAGCUAGCGAGCCCAGAAUAAAAGAAUUCUUCGGGGAAGAUUUUACUAAAGUAACUUUCUCCCCAGAUCUUACAAAGUUCAAAAUGGAGGCUUUGGAUAAUGAUAUUGUAGCUUUAAUGUCUCGUCGUGCUUACGACAUCGCUGCAUCAGCUCGAGGCGUCAAGGUCUAUCUAAACGGCACGCGAGUACCUGUAAAAACUUUCAAGGAUUACAUCGACUUGUACAUCAAAGGAAAAGAAGACGAUGCUGGCAAUCCUCUGAAGGUAGCUUACGAAAAUUGCGGACCUCGCUGGGAAGUCGCUGUUACUCUUUCCGAUAAAGGCUUCCAACAAAUGUCCUUUGUUAACAGUAUCGCGACCACAAAAGGCGGGCGACAUGUUGACCAUGUCACCGACGCGCUAGUAAAAAACCUCACUGAAACUUUAAAGAAGAAAAACAAGGGCGGAAUUACAAUAAAACCCUUCCAAAUUAAAAACCACAUGUGGGUGUUUAUAAAUUGUCUUAUCAACAAUCCAACAUUUGAUUCUCAGACUAAAGAGCACAUGACCCUCCAGCAGAAAUCUUUUGGGUCUAAGUGCGCGCUGGGAGAAAAAUUCAUCACCGCAAUUACUAAGAUAGGAAUUGUAGAGUCGGUUUUAUCCUGGGCUAAAUUCAAAGCUGACACUCAAUUGCAGAAGCUUGGACCCAAGUCCAAGCAAAGAAAGCUCCAGGGAAUUCCCAAGCUUGAAGACGCUAACGAUGCUGGAACUGUUAAAUCACUCGACUGUACUUUGAUUCUUACUGAAGGAGACUCCGCUAAGACUAUGGUCAUAUCCGGGCUUGCUAUAAUUGGCAGAGACAAGUACGGAGUCUUCCCACUGCGUGGUAAAUUGCUAAAUGUCAGGGAAGCUACUCACAAGCAAAUUUUAGAAAAUACGGAGAUUAAUAAUAUCAUUAAAAUUUUGGGGCUUCAGUAUAAAAAACAAUACGAGACUAGGGAUGAUUUAAAGACACUGAGAUACGGUAAAGUUAUGAUCAUGACAGAUCAGGAUCACGAUGGGUCGCAUAUUAAGGGUUUGUUGAUAAAUUUUAUCCAUCAUAAUUGGCCUUCUUUGCUAAGAAUGGGAUUUGUCGAGGAAUUUAUCACUCCUAUUGUUAAAGUUAAAAAAGGGUCUCAGAAAAUUUCAUUUUUUUCACUGCCUGAGUAUGAAGAGUGGAAAAAAGAGACUCCUAAUUCGCACUUGUGGAAGCCUAAGUACUACAAGGGUUUGGGAACUUCAACCUCUGCUGAAGCUAAAGAGUACUUCAGUGACAUGGCAAGGCACCGAAUUAAAUUUAGGUACGACGGUAAUCAAGAUGACGAAAAUAUUAUUAUGGCGUUCAGUAAAAAAUGCGUUGACCAACGAAAAGAAUGGCUGACUAAUUUUAUGGAAGAAACAAAACGCCGGAAUGAAAUUGGCCUUGGAGAAAAAUUUCUGUACCAGAAAGACACCAAAGCUGUUUCUUUCACGGACUUUAUCAACACUGAGCUUGUACUUUUCAGUAAUUACGACAACGUGCGUUCAAUUCCGAGUAUGGUUGAUGGGCUAAAGCCAGGUCAACGGAAAGUAAUUUACACUUGUUUGAUCAGGAAUGAUAAAAGUGAAGUCAAGGUGGCUCAAUUGUCUGGAGCAGUUGCCGAAAAGACGCUGUAUCAUCACGGAGAAGUCUCGCUUCAGACUACUAUUGUUAAUUUAGCCCAGAAUUUUGUUGGCUCUAACAAUAUUAAUUUACUCCAACCACGUGGUCAAUUUGGAACUAGAUUAAAUGGAGGAAAAGAUUGCGCUAGCGCGCGUUAUAUUUUUACGAUGCUCAGUCCGUUAGCGAGAUUUAUUUUUCAUAAGCAUGAUGAUGCGUUGUUGAAGCACGAGUAUGAUGACAAUAAAAAAAUAGAACCGGUUAAUUAUGUCCCCGUGAUACCGAUGAUUCUUGUCAAUGGAGCUGAUGGAAUCGGCACUGGCUGGAUGACUAAAAUUCCCAACUACAAUCCCAGAGAAAUAAUUGAUAAUUUAUUCAGAAUGAUGGACGGUAAUGAGCCCAAGCCUAUGAAGCCUUUUUACAAAAAUUUUAAAGGGACUAUUGAAUCCUGUGGAGAGUUCCGGUAUGUUAUUUCUGGAGAAGUUUCUGUUAUUGGUCCGGAAAAAAUUCAGAUUACGGAAUUACCAAUUGGGACCUGGACGCAGACUUACAAAGAGGCUGUAUUGGAGCCCAUGUUGAAUGGCAGUGAAAAGUCACCGGCUUUAAUCACUGAUUACAAAGAGUAUCACACUGAUACUGAUGUCCAUUUUGUGAUUAGUAUCAAUAGAGACAAAUUGGUUGACUUGGAGAGAGAUGGACUUCACAAAGUUUUUAAACUUCAGACUACUAUGCCUAUUACUUCUAUGUGUGCAUUUGAUGAAAAUCAAUGCUUGAGGAAGUAUGAUACGGUUAUGCAGAUCUUUAGGGAGUUUUAUAAAUUGAGACUUGAGAUGUAUAAUAAGAGGAAGAAUUAUUUGAUGGCUAUGUUGCAAGCUGAAGCGGCUAAGUUGACUAAUCAGGCUAGGUUUAUUUUGGAGAAAUGCGAUGGGGAUUUAAUUGUGGAGAAUAAAAAGAAAAAGGAGAUGAUUGCUGAGCUUUAUUACUGCGAAAAUAUUGGUCGUAUAAAAAAAUGUUUAAAACAAAAGUUGUACACGGAAAAACAAGAUGACUGA